AUGAAUCAAUGUAUGCAGAAAUUCUUCCUUGCUGGAAACCCACAACAAGGAUUCCAAGGGGCAGAACAACAAGGGAGAGAAAAAUACUACCAGGCCCACCAAAAAGGUGAGAAGCAGAACGCCGGCAACGUCUUCUAUGGAAUCGAGGAGGAAUUUCUGGUUCAGAUUUUCGGAAUCGACAGAGAGACAGCCAGGAAGCUUCGUGGAGAAGACGAUAAAAGAGGUCACAUUGUCCGGGUGGAACAGGGCUUUCAAGUCAUCAGCCCACCCUCGAGGAGGGAGCAAGAAAGAAGAGAAUAUGGACCCGACAAUGGCUUGGAAGAAACCUUUUGCUCUACCAAGUUGAUCGAGAACAUCAAUGACCCUUCCCGCGCCGAUAUCUUCAACCCACAGGCCGGGAGAUUUAAUACACUAACCAGCUACGACUUACCCAUUCUCAAAUUCUUGAAAAUGAGCGCAGAGAGAGGCGUUCUUUACAGGAACGCCCUGGUGAGUCCUCACUAUAAGUUAAACGCACACAGCAUUCUAUACUGUACGAGAGGAGAAGCGAAGAUUCAGAUAAGUGACCAGAGUGGCAGCUGCGUGUUCGAUGAAGUGGUCCGUGAAGGACAGAUGGUGGUGGUACCGCAGAACUUCGUGAUUGUUAAACAAGCUGGUGAAGAGGGAUUCGAAUGGGUUGCCUUCAGGACUAAUGACGUCGCCAUGCAAGGAACACUAGCAGGACGGACGUCGGCGAUUCGUGGGCUUCCGGCCGACGUGAUUUCGGCUUCUUACCGUGUUUCAAGGGAACAAGCGAUGAGGUUGAAGACCAACCGGGAGGGGACAUUGAUGUUUGAGUCUAGGUCCGGUUUGCAGAGAGUGACGGCGGCUUAA